AUGGAUUUUCUCACCUGCAUUAUACAAAGACUUGCUGUGGCAAAGGAAUGUAUCUUCAGACUGAGUGGACUCAUUUGCUGCCUAACAGCUUUGGUGUUUGAAAUAAUCCUUGCAAGCAGCCGAUGCUGGCGCCUGUGGGAAUUUGACAAUAAGACUGUGCAGUUCGUGUUUUUUGGACUCUGGGAAGCUUAUUACCCUCAAGAAUUUAACAUCUCUGGUUCUAUGAUCCGGAUUCUGGUGCAUUGCCCUAUCAACUCUACAUGGACCAUUUCACCUGAAUUCCACUAUGCACAGACACUGAUAGUAUGGGCCAUAUUAUUGAAACCUGCAGUCCUAAUUUUCAGUGCAAUGGCCAUUAAGAUCAGCUGCAUGAAAGACUCAUUUGUUAAGGCACAGAUAUUUUUGUACAAGAUCUCGGCCUUAAUUUUGUGUAUUAGCAGCCUUUGCACAUUUGUCUCUGUGAGCUGGAACCAUGUUGUAGACCUUUAUGGCCAAACCACACUUGAUUUUCCACCCAGUUUUCCUGUUAAGAAAGAUGCUCUUAUAAAGAAACACUAUACGGCUGCAUUCCCAAUAGGGGUUCUGACAGCUACCGUGUCACUCUUUGGUGUGAUUAUGUUCCUCUUUGAGAUGAGCUCUUUGAAACCACAGGAUGAACUGGAGGCCCCGUGUGCCUGUGCUUCCAGACCCAUCAAUCAAAAGGCAUGA